UAUGAAUAACACCACAAAUCCUUACGUACUAUAUAAACACUUAAUAUUAGGAAAAAAUCCCAGUGAAGGUAUUCAAUAACUCAAGAUGUGCUUCUGUGUGGAUUGCUGGAGAAAUAGGUCAAAUUAUCAAGUAGAAAUAGGCUUAGUAGCUACCUUGUGUUUUGGGUUUAGCUACUGGAUCAACUCCAAUAUAAGUUUAUAAGGAGCUAAUUAGAUUACAUAAGGAAGAAGGAUUAUCAUUUUAGAAUGUGAUAACAUUCAAUUUAGAUGAAUAUUUUCCAAUUCCUAAGGUACUUGUUGUAUUUUUAAUUAUUAGGAAUCUCUUCAUUCAUAUUAUCAUUUCAUGCAUGAAAAUCUAUUUAAUCAUGUUGAUAUUAAGAAAGAGAAUAUUCAUAUUCCAGAUGGAACCUUAAUAAAAGAGUAGAUUGAAGACUUUUGUUAAUACUAUGAAAAUUUGAUAUUAGAAAAAGGUGGAUUGGACUUUUAACUUUUAGGUAUUGGUAGUACUGGUAAAUAAUUUGAUAAUAAAUUUUAGGACAUAUUGGAUUUAAUGAACCAGGAUCUUCAAUAAAUAGCAAAACUAGAUUGAUUACUUUGGAUAGAAAAACAAGAGCAGAUGCUUCAUCAUCAUUUUAUGGAAUUGAAAAUGUUCCUAAAUAUGCAAUAACAAUGGGAAUAGGAACUAUUUUAUAAGCAAAAAAGAUUAUAAUAGCUGCAUUUACAGAAGGAAAAUAAAAAAUAGCAUCAACUGUUAUUGAAGGUGCAAUUUCAUCAUAAUAUCCUGCAACAUUUUUAUAGAAUCAUAAAAAUACAUUGUUUGUAUUGGAAAGAGCAUCAGCAUAAGGAUUAACAAGAUUUUAAGCACCUUGGUUAUUGGAAGCUUAAGGAUUAAAGGGUGAAUUAUAAAUAAAGUAUGAUUUGAGUACAGCAAAGAAGGGUGUGAUAUGGUUGAGUUAGAAAGUAGGAAAGCCAAUAUUGAGAUUAUAAUAAGAGGAUUAUGAAGAUAAUGGAUUAUUGGAAUUAAUUACAUAGAUUGGAUAAGGAAAUUGUGGGAUAGUGAAUUUGACAGUAUUUAGAGAGUUGUCUUAGAUGUAUAUAAAUGAAUAUAAAAUUUAGAAUAACUGGAUGGCCAGCAGGAGGAAGACCUGAUAAAUUGCCAGAAUCAUAUUUUACUUAAAAGAAGGCAAUUAGUAAAUAGAAAAUAAUAAUAUUUUCACCACAUCCAGAUGAUGAUGUAAUAUGUAUGGGUGGAACAAUGAAGAAAUUAACAAAUUAAGGUCAUGAAGUUCAUGUAGUAUAUAUGGUGAGUGGUAAUUUGGCAGUGUUUGAUUUUGAUGCUUUGAGAUUUGCAGAUGUUUUGAAGGAGACUUAAAAAAUGAUAGGUGGAAAUGGAGAAGAAUUUUAUGAAAAAGUGAAGAAAUAGAUUAAAGAAAAGAAACUUGGAGAAGUAGAUGGUCCAGAUUUGGCAUAUAUAAAAACAGUUAUUAGAAGAACUGAAGCAAGAAGUGCUGCAUUAUGUACAGGAGUUGAAGAACAAAAUAUUCAUUUUUUAGAUUUACCAUUUUAUGAGACAGGUAAAUCAACAAAGAAACCACUUGGUGAUGAAGAUAAGAAAAUAGUGAAAGAUAUAAUAUUGAAGAUUCAACCUGAUUAAAUUUAUGCUGCUGGAGAUUUAACUGAUCCUCAUGGAACUCAUAGAGUAUGUUUGGAAUCAAUUUUGGCAGUUUUACCAUAAGUAAAAGAAUAAUUACCUAAUUUGAAUACUCUUUUAUAUAGAGGUGCUUGGUAAGAAUGGGAAUUAGAUAAAGUAACAAUGGCAGUACCAUUAUCACCUGAUGAGUUGUAUGAGAAAAGGAUAGCAAUAUUCAAACAUCAAAGUUAAAAGGAUAGACCUAUGUUCCCAGGGUCUGAUAGUAGAGAAUUUUGGUAACGAUCUGAAUCUAGAAAUAAAGAGACUGCUAAGUAUAAUAAAUAUAUUAUAAAUAGAUUAUUUACAAAUUUGGGAUUUGUUAAUUAUGAGGCUUUAGAAUGUUUUGUUUCAUUAGAUGUAUUGUUGUUGUUAGGAGAAUUGUGAG